CACUCUCCAGAAGCAAAGCUCAAAGCAAAUAACACAAUGGCAUUCAAGUUUGUAGCUAUUCUCGCUCUCAUUGCUGUUGCCAAUGCCGGUCUCCUCCCUGCUGCCCAAGUAUACAGUGCUGCUCCAGUAGUAGCUGCUGCUGCUCCAGUUUUGGCCAAGGCCGUUGACGAGUAUGAUCCACAUCCACAAUACAACUUCGCUUACGAUGUCCAAGACUCCCUCACCGGAGACUCAAAGAGCCAAGUUGAAGCUCGUGAUGGAGAUGUUGUUCGUGGUCAAUACUCCCUCAUUGAUGCCGAUGGACAUCAACGCAUUGUCGACUACACUGCUGACCCAAUCAACGGAUUCAACGCUGUUGUCCAACGUAACCCCAUCGGUGCUGCCGUAGUUGCUAAGGCCGUUGCCCCAGUUGCUCCAGUCAUCGCUAAAACUGUUGUCCCAGCCGCAUACUCAGCUCCUCUUUUUGCCAAACCUGUUGCCCCAGUAGCAUACGCCGCUCCAGCUGCCUAUGCUGCUCCAGCCGCCUAUGCUGCUCCAGUCGCCUAUGCUGCUCCAGCAGCCUAUGCCGCUCCAGCUGCUGCCAUUGUAAAAACCUCAUUCGCUUCACCAAUUGUUUCCUAUGCCCAUUAAUUUAUUUUUGUAACUGAUAUAUGUAUGUAUGUUUGAAAUAGAUAAUAUUCCAA